GUUGUAGUCGUGACCAUAGAGACCAGCUAUGGAGUCAUGGUGUUCCACCUGUACGAUUCGAGGGCCGCGGCGUGGAUAUCUUCUACGGAACUCACCCCUGUCCAGGAGGAUGAAGACCUCGUAUGCGGUGUCAGAAUGAAUUGCAUCAACUAUUCCAACAACUGCAUGCUGCUCCAGAACGAUCACUUGUACUUUUUAACUGUUUCACCGGGCAAUGUGAGAAGGCUUAAAUCGUUCAACGUGUGGAACCCUAAGGCCACCCUUCGAACUCUGGCAACCUGGAAUAAUCUUCCCUUGGGAUUUGAACGGCAACCUUGGUACGAGGUGGACAUGUCCCUCAUCUCAAGUGGAGGGAAGAUAGUGAUUGGCAUGCUCGAAACACAUGACAGAAACACAGAAGUUAGAACCCUCAGGGUUUGUUUUGUGUAUCUGGACGAGGAGAGUUGCAGCUGGCGGGCAAUGGCAUCCUUGAGCUUGGGCACUGUUAAAAUUCCCGAGUUGAUAAAAAAACCCGGAAGAAUCUUUAUGGUGGCUGCUGGAAAUGAACACACUACGGAGGUGACACUGCUCUUUCAUUAUAGGUGGAGCUGCAUCUUUGAUUUGGCUUCUGGAACGUUGCGUAGCAGUAGAAUUUCAAAGAAACAAAUGCCGGCUUUUGUUCGAUUUAUAAUGAUCUUCACCCGUCAAUUUGUAUCUAGCAUUAUUACCUAG